AUGCCGCACUCGUAUUUAGUCAUUGGUGGCAACGGUUUUCUUGGGCGUCAUAUUCAAGAACAAAUCCGUUUGCGUAAAAAUGGUGCCAGAAUUUCAGUUUUCGACAUGAGCAAACCCGCCGAUGCAGAAGCUGAUGUUACUUAUUAUACUGGCGACCUCCGCCAAUUCGACGACGUGUAUAAUGCCCUCGAGGGGAUAACGGCUGUUAUCCACUGCGCGUCGCCUCCUCACGUCAACUCGAGCAAUCCUCCUCGCGAUCUCUACUUUUCUAUCAACGUCGACGGUACAAAAAACAUUAUUCGUGCCUGUCAGGAACGAGGUGUAGAGAUUCUGGUCGUGACCAGCUCUGGCAGUGUCAUCUCAACCGGCGAGCCCAUGGUUAACGUAGACGAGUCGACUCCAUACCCACCCGAAGCUAUUGAUGUCUAUACCGAAUCCAAGAUUGAAUGCGAAAAGGUUGUUUUGGCUGCCAAUGGUGAAAAGGGUAUCCGCACGUGCACUAUCCGACCCUCUGCCAUCUUUGGUCCUGGUGAUCGACAGCUUUUGCCAGGAAUGAUUGAAGUAUGCGAAAAGGGUCAACAUCGUUUCCAGAUUGGCGACAACACAUCCUUGAUGGAUUUCACCUAUGUCGGCAACGUUGCCUAUGCUCACGUCCUUGCUGCUGAAAAGCUCGUGGAUGCUGCUUCGCCCGCGGCUGGCCAAGCAUUUAACCUUACCAACGGUACCCCUGUGCCAUUCUGGGACUUUGCCUCCAAGGUUUGGGCCGAGUAUGGUCUGCCCAUGCCAAACGAGAAGAAGAUCAUUCUUUCGUACAACGCCAGUAUGGUCAUUGCUUAUAUCAGUGAAGCUAUCUAUAAUGUCAAGGCGAUGAUUUGGGAGAAGAGCACGUUAAAGGAAGGUAUGACCCGGUCAAGAAUCAAACAGGCCAUGAGCUCCCGUUAUUUCAACAUAACCAAGGCAAAGACGUUGCUUGGUUACGAGCCACAAGUCGGUUUGGAAGAAGGCAUCAAAAUUGGUGUUGCAGUAAGUGGUGCUGGCUAA